AUGUUGCACCAUCCUGUUGAAACCAUAGGUUUUGAAUAUCAAUGUUUCGAAGGAAAAAAGGUCAUAAGAAGCUGGUUAGCAUGCGACGAUAAACGUUCUCCAUUGACAGUGACUGGAUCGCCUUCGUCAUUCUCAAAGAAAAAUGGGCCUAUGACUCCACCGGACCAAAAACCACACCACACAGUCGUUCUUUGCGGUCUUCCGUUUGAAGUUCACAUUCCUGGUUAUAAGUUUUGUGGUCCUGGUACGAAAUUAGAAAAGCGAAUAGAUCGUGGUGAUAAAGGAAUAAACCCAUUAGAUAACGCUUGUCGCGAUCACGACUUAGUGUACGCGAAAAGUAAAAAUUUAAAUGAAAGGCAUAAAGCUGAUAAAGUGUUAGAAAAUCGUUCUUGGGAAAGAUUUAAAGCUAAAGACACUCCUCGAAAAGAGAAAAUUGUUGCUUACUUGGUAACAAAUGCGAUGAAGGCUAAACAAAAAAUGGGGAUGGGUUAUAAAAGUAGACAAAAACAAGCCAGAAAAAAAAAUAGUUCAUUAGCAGCGAAAAAAGAAGCAAGUAUUAUUCGGAAAUUUUUAGACGAUUUGAUGCAUACAGAGACAUUAGAUAUUAAUUCAUUACCCGUGGUUUUUGAAGAUGGUUUUGAAUGCAAUGAGAAUGAAAUAUCUAUAAGUGAAGAAGAAGAAAUGUAUACGAAAUUUGGAGAUGUAAGGAAGAGGAAAAAAUAUGCGAUCAGCAUAUCCAGCAGAAAACAAAAAAAAAUUGAACAGCAAAAAAAAAAUCAUGUAGUACAACUAGGAUGUGACAGAGAAAUGUGUAGAUUAAAAUGUAUUUUAAAUAUAAUUGAAAAUAGACGCAAGGAUAUUAAUUAUCAGUAUUGGGAAAUGAACUGGCAAGAUAGAAGAUCGUUUGUACAUAGCACUUGUGAAAGCUCCGAAACUAAUAAAAAUUCUAAAAAUGAAAUUACAAAAAGGAAAAAUGUGUUUAAAUUUUUUUUAACAAACAGUGAUGGUUUACGAAUUCAAGUUUGUAAACCAUUCUUUUUAAGUACGUUGGGUUUUAAAAAAACUAAUGAUAGGGUAUUAGAUGUCCUUAGAUCUACACCUAAAGGUAAAAUUAAACCUUAUAUCGAUGGUCGUGGAAGACAAUUGUCUGUAAAUAAAUAUAAACAUUUAGAUUUAGUGGAAAAUCAUAUAGAAUCGUUCAAUCCAACAAUUUCCCACUAUCGCCGUGAACACGCGCCUAAUGUACGAUACUUGCCAAGCGAUGUUACAAUAAAUUUCAUGCAUCAGAACUUUUUGGAAAAAUAUCCUGAACCUGAUUUUUUUAUUUCAUAUGCAUAUUAUAGAGAUCAAGUAAAAAAAAAAAAUAUCUCGUUUACUCAACUUGGACACGAAGAAUGUGAGGUUUGUGAGAGUCUCAAAAUUCACGAGCAUUCUAAAGACCAAAUGGUACCUGAUUGUACUGUGUGCGCGACUUAUUUAACCCACAUAAAAAAAGCUAAUGCUGCUAGAUCAUUAUAUCAAGAACAUGCCAAAAAUAACUAUAACGAUGAAAAGUCAAUUUAUUUUUCAGUUGAUUUGCAAAAAAUAAUAAUGCUACCUAGGUUAGACACUUUUAAAAAAGUUUUGUUCAUUAAGCGAAUUGUUGCAUACCAUGAAAGCUUCGUACUUCUAGGGAAAAAAGGAAAUUUACAGCCAUUUGCAUGUGUGUGGCAUGAAGGAAUUAGUGGUCGCAAGAAAGAAGAUCUAAUUAGCACUUUUUUCAAUUUUUUUUCUCAUCAUCGUGACGCAAAUACUAUUACAAUUUGGUUAGAUAAUUGUAGUAGCCAAAACAAAAACUGGUGUUUGCUAUCAUUUUUAGUUUAUAUAAUAAAUUCUGAUCAAAUUUCCGCUAAUGAAAUUGUUUUAAAUUUUUUCGAAGCUGGACAUACAUUCAUGUCAGCAGAUAGUUUUCAUCAUCAAGUUGAACAAUCUCUUAAGCACCAAAAAAAACUUACGACUUUGAAGAUUUUGUUAAAGCUGUGGGAGCUGCAAAUAAAUCGAAAGUAG